AUGAAAUCUGUUCCAUACGUAUGUUAUGGUAAUUGUUUAUACAUUGAGUCAAAAAUAGCUAAUGUCACAGGUAUUUCAGGAGUUAAUAGUAAAGGUUCAGUAGAAUAUAAAUCUUUCUGUUAUGCAGUCAAUUCAAUGUUCAUUCCAAACGUUCCUGUCAUAGCAACUCAUUUAGGUAAAUGGGUUCGCAUUAGUCCUCAUAAUUUGAAAGACAUGCAAUUCAGACUUGUUGACUUUCAAGGCGAGCCUGUAGAACUGAAGGCACCAGUGCGAAUGACUGUUGAAGUUGACUUUUUAGAAAAUAUUAAAUGCAACAGCUUACAAGAGAACUCAGAGCUAAAAAUAUAA